UUAGCCAGUCUUACACGCGAUGUCAAAGAUAUCGUACGAUUAUCGCGUACAAAGUUUUUAACUAGGCUGAAUAAAAAAAAUACUUUGACGAAAACAAGUGACAGUGAUUAGCGCGCGCAUUUUUCAUGUCUCGAUGACAGUUGUAAAAUUUAAAAUAAUCGCGCGUUCUAGAACACUUAUUUAAUCUGUGCUCAGUGAUAAAUAUUGCUCCCAAUUUACGGAUUUAAAUAGCUUUAAUAAGAACAUUGGAACGAAAAAAAAAUGGCGCGUAAAUGAAGAAUGAACGGAAAGUGACGAGUGAUCGUUCUUAAAACACGUUGAUUAGCUUUACACGGAAAAGCGAUGUUUUUCAUCAACGUUUAGGUACUCGGAGUUAUUUUUAUGAGUGAAAAUCCAACGUAUUCUGUGUUUCGCGUACCAACAGAGUUGGUUCAGUAACGUUGUGGUCGCGGUUUCGAAAGUUUAUUCCUAUCGGUUACUCGGUCUUUAAAAACGAUGUCUCGAAGUUCCAUUCUUCUUUUUAUAUCGUCGUCUGUUUAGUGGUUGUGUGGUGAAUUUUUAUUGUUGUUUUAAAAAGUGCUUUUUCUAUGUUUUAUUUGGAUUUUGCUCCGACUGUUCUUCGCGGAGUUUCUUCAAUAUCAGGAAUUAACGUUUGCGCCUUGGAGAACUGCCUUAUACUACACAAACUGCGUGACAGUUAAAUACCUGUCAAGCAAUCAGAAAACAUUCACGUGUUAAACAUCGCAUGGCUAUCAAGCGGCAAGAUGUCGGGCAUGACAGGAGCGAGCAUGUUGCGUACGCGCAGAAAAGAUGUCAACGUCAAACCCAACCGAAAACAAAAGGUGUAUGGGGCGUAUCCAGGGCAGUUGGAACUCAGAAGGGUCGGUGGGACCUUUUGGCUUCGAUUGGCGGAAGACCGCGUGUUGUGGCGAAUCAAGAGGUCCAUGGCCAGGACUAAAGAGUUACAGGAUGAGGACGAUAGGUUGGAUCGAAAGUCUUCGCGGGGCAUGCUCUACGAGAACGAGGAGCUGCGUCUGCGCACUAUCAAUAUCAAUGCCGAAGUUGAAAGAGGUCAAUCAGACAUAAAAAAACUGAAGCGUGAAAACGAGCAGCUGAAGCGUGAGAUCUCAGCACUUCGCUACGAGUAUGAUCGGCUGGACAGCAUGCUGAGAGACCGACGGUCUUCGCCUGAACACUCGGACGACAGCGUGUCGGUAUGCAGCGUCUGCCCCGACUGCGUCAGCGUGGAUGGGUCAGCUCGAGCCGUCGCCUUCCAUGACCUGAGCGUCGUGCCCGAGGAGGGAGAACAGGAUAAGAGCGGCGCGGAGUCACCAUGCACAUGCGAUGAAUGUCAACAGGAGGCUCCGAGGAAGCUUCCAAACGUAGUGAAAUCUGCACAAACGACGCAAAGCGCGAACACAAUGCAGCCAAAUAUAGCGGACAGUGGACACGAGCGAGUGGUGGACGUGCUGGUUCACGACGCACCACCCGAGGUACCCAGGUUCUUCCAAUCCGUUACCUCUCCCCCCUACCACGUCGCAGGCCCCCCUCCACCAGGUUUCGUCGUUGCCCCUUACCAACCUCCCCGAUUCCACACCGGAGGGAACGUCGAAGACCUACUAGGAGAAGUCCAGGGCUGCCCGACUAUACAGACCACGUAUAUACAACAGAACUCUGUAUUCAUGUGCAAUACGAGGCGGAUCACACAGAAAUGCUGCUGUCAGAGAAAGGAACCUGUGCCUGCGUUAGCAGUUACAGGGGUACAAAUGUCAGGAGUACCGACUGUUGAAGAACAAGAGCCUCCGAAAAAGUAUGUCACUGAGAAAAAUAUUGAACUUACCUACGACUAUCCUAGAGCAACACCCAUUCCCAGCAGCCCCAGUCCGAAGUCUGGUGAUGACGUACAAACUACCACCACUGAAGUUGCUAGUACGGUAGUCUUCGUUGAAAGAAGAAUACCAGUUAAGCCAAAGAAAUUCGACUUUUUCUCUCGAUCGCGAUCAGCGCCUGUCGGAGAAAACGAAGAGCCGAUAUACGCUACAGUAAACAAACUACCAAAGAGAUUAAGAAGGAUGGAGCUAGCAAACUUAGAAAAAGAAGUAGCGUAUAAGUCUGGUGAGCCUGAUUCUUCCACUCGAACGGAGUUAACAUUAAAGACUGACUCCGAGUCUCAAGCGCCGCCGCCUGACGACGACACGAGUCGAUCAGACAGAGAGAAAUCGACAGCCCCUCAAAGACCUGACUCGCCAAAAAUGAAGAAGCGUAAACGCUUCUCUCUGACGUUCAAAAAGAGGGAGAGAAAAAGAAGGGAUAAGAAGAAGGAGAUGAAGAAUGGAGCGACAAAGAAUGGCGGGACAGUUCACGUGGAGAGUGAUAACGAGAGACUUAUUGAGGGCGAGGUUCAGGAGCCGGGCAAGCACAAGCACUGCACCCGACACAGGCCGAGGAACACACUGUCGUCAUCCAGUUCAGGUCCGCGGUACAAGCGGGAUAGUUAUCAGGAGAUGACAACUUCGCACUCCGAACACGAGAGGACCAACAGUAUGUGUUCGUCGGUCAACUCCCUGGGGUCUGCGUGCACCAACAAGUCCAGGAAGCUAUCAGCUCCCAUCAAUGAUGGCUCCAUACCCUGGUGCGGCUGCUGGGGGGCUGGAUGUGUGUGAAGGAACUCUUGAGUGACAAGAAGUCUCUCAUAAAUGGACCCCUUAUAUCUGCAUAAUGAACUUAGUGUCAGUACCAGACUUUCUUUGAAAGUGGUUGUACUCCGUUGAUGUGAAUUUUUUCAAGGCAAAAAUAUUUUAUUAACACUUUAUCAUUGCAUGUAUUUUUUGAUAAUUCCUAGAAAUCCAUAAAGCAGAUAAUGUUAUUUUCUACACAAUAUAAGUGGUCCCAAAAUACAGCCACCCUGGGUUGUCGUAAAAUCAAGUAGGUAUUAUCAGUAAGAAAUGAGUACGUGUGGCUGCAGAGGUGGCUAGUGACCCAUUUGGUUCGAGCGCUACUGUUCCAAAAAAUAUUGUAAUAAUCCGUCUAUACUUUAACUAAACCAUGAUUGAGUAAUGCAUGUACCUACCAAAGAUGAGCUUGAGGUUCAAAAUCAAACAAAAAAUUGUGUUGCUGAUGUAUCAAUGAUAUUAUAGUUUAAUUAAUAUAAAAAUACAAAUUAUCGAUAGCAUAAGUUGUCACGUAUAUGUACAUAAAGUCUAACUGUGAUGCAAUAACUGUUGUAUGACGUAAGAGCAUGCCUGUUGAAUGAUAAUAAUAAACUUUUGCACAAAACAUA